AUGAAUGAAGAGGAACAUCACCAAGCAGUUAAUGAAUUGUGUGAGAGUUUGUCGAAGGAUUUGAAGGUUAAUGUUGAUGCUAAGGAUUAUGUGAAUGCCUUAGAUGAGAUAUUUAGGUUUAGUGAUCCUGGUAAUGAAUCUGGGCUGAUCUCUGGGACUUCUAAUAGUUCGAUUGAAGAGGCUUUAAAUCGAUGUUAUUUAGAUCAUAGUGAAACCAAGGAAUAUUUAUUGAAAUUGAUUAAUGAGGACAUUCGAAGAGCAAUUGAGUUAUUUGAAGUGUUAUCUACACAAUCUGUUCAUAUCUUGGUUGGAUGUUUUGAGAAUUCUGAGGCUUCCAAACCGUUGCUCCAAGAGUUGCAACAAAGGAUAUACUUUGGUGAAGAUUUACAUGUUAAAUAUCUUUUAAGUGUCAUUUUACAAUUGUUAACUAAAUUUGAAUAUGAUUUUAACGAUGUUAGUUUCCUUGUCAAGGAUCUUGGUGUCCGUAUGAGGGAGUCAGAUGUUAAAUCGUUGGCUUUAAUUAUUUUUAUCAAAUUGGAAUCAUUAUAUUCCCAGCGUUUUGAUGAAAAGUUUUUAAACUUCAUUGACUGUUUGAUAAUCGAAGUUGAUGCAGAUGUUGGGAAUGAUCCUUUAUCUAUUAUUGUUGAAGUUCUGACUGAACUGUACCCUGCUUUGACUGCGUUAUGUUCUCAGGUAUUUUUAGGGAAGAAAUUAGAUGAAAUGUUUAGAACUAGAGUUGUUGAACAAAAUGAUGCACAGUUCAGUAAGACAUUGCUACAUUUGUUGUCUGUCGCCUGUAUUGAUGAAACAGUGAGAAAUCAUAUUUCAGAAAACUAUACAUCUAUGUUGGAACAAUCCUUAAAUUUUGAAGAAUAUAAAACUUAUUCUGCCCUUGUUUUGAUCAAGACAUGGUCUUUUACAAAAUUGCAUAAUGUGUCUAUUAAUCAGUUGGGUGGUAUUCUAACUGAAAGUAUAGAAAAAUAUAAUGAAGAUAAUGGUGAUCAUGUUGAAAUUGGUGCUUCUUUGGAAGGAUUGGCUUACUUGAGUUUGAAAACGUCAGUCAAAUUGCAAUUACGUAAAAAUUCAAAAUUUUGUUUAAACCUAAUCUCGUUAAUCAAAAACGAAGAGAAAUCGGCACAGCUUUAUGGAGCUUUGGUUAUCUUUGCUAACUUAAGUGUUUUCCCUCAGGAUAGCAAUAGUAAUGGAAAUUUUGAAUCUAAAUCACUUAGAGAUUUAAAGGCCUAUUCGGAUUUAAAAAGCCCUGGAGGUGAUGAAGUCGACAAUGGCAUCGAAAGUAAAGAGGAUGUCAUUGAGUUCAAUGAUGAAUAUCUAAUAAAUAAUGAAUUAUUAUCAUAUCUUAGAACUGAUUUUAGUCAAAUGUCUCAUGGUUCAAGACAGCAAUUUAUCAGAAUUAUUUACAAUAUCACUCGUAAUAAAGACAGUAUUUCUGAGUGUAUUAAACAAGGGUGUACUACAUCAGUGCUUGAAUAUUUGGUAGAAAAGACUGAAACCGGUGAUAUGGUUAGAAUUUUGGGGCUCAGGGCCUUAACGAGGAUGUUGAUAUAUACAAACCCUUCGUUGAUUUUUAACAAAUAUUCACCAGUGAAUGCGAUCCCAUUUUUAUUUGAACUAUUACCAAAAUAUGGUGAUGAAGCUGAAGCUGAACCUUGUUACUUCAAUGAGGACUUGCUGACUACCACAGAUUGUUAUGAGGCUUUACUGGCAUUAACUAACUUGGCGUCUUCGACAGCAAGUGAUGGUGAUGAUGUCUGUAAGAGAAUUACAACAAACACAAAGUACUGGACUGUUAUUGAAAAUUUAAUUCUUGAUGAAAACGUAUUGAUCCAAAGAUCUACUUUAGAAUUAAUUAGUAACAUGAUGAGCCAUCCCAUGCAAAUUGCAGUAAAAUUUUUCAAUUUUGAAAACCCUCAAAGUUUAAGAAACUUCAAUAUCUUGGUCAAACUGUUACAAUUGAACGAUGUGGAAUCUCAAAGAGCAGUAGCUGCAAUUUUUGCCAAUGUAGCGACGACAUUACCAUUUGUUGCCCACGAAUUGUUAUCACAAAAGGAAUUGAUCGAAAAAUCUGUACAAGUGUUCACCGAACAAAACGACGAUAUUGAACUGAAGAAAAGAUUGGUUAUUCUAUUCUACUCUUUGUUCGAUUCAAUUCCAGCUGGUGAGGAAAAUAAGUACCCUAUCCUAACUGAGAACAAGAAAUUUGAACUAUCCCUUGAAGCUGCUUUAGAUUCAGAUAUUAAGAAUGAUGAAGAUUUUGCUGAAGUUAUCCCACAAAUGUUGUCAAGAUGCUCAGCCAAUUGA